CUAAAAACUACGAGGAUCUCAACACUGCAACUGAGUUGAACUUCCAAUUAAACCACCACCUGCUCUCGAUACAGUUACUGGCAACAAACCACAAGAUUGCCAUCGCCAACUGCGCUUGACCUUCCCCGUCACCGACUCGUCAGCACCUGUUCCCAUUAGAACCAGAAACCUCAACCCCAAAGCUCUACCUACCGAAUCGAAAUCAUUCAUCAUGAGUGAAGUUCCUCAGGCCCGUCGGGUAGGGUCUGUGGACGACCACAGCGUCUACGACGAUGCAAAGACGUACUAUACAUCCGAGGAGCGGCACAACAACUCGAGGAGCGGUCCUAGGCAGAGGACCUACUCGCAGAACAGCUUGCUUGGUCAGAUGGAGCGAUUGGGUCUGAAGGAACCAUUCCGGAGAGGCAGCCAUGACGAGUCCAACCACAACAGACGUUUCCUCAUCCAGGUUGACCCCACUCUUGAAAGCCUGAAAUCCCAAGAGGAUACCGAUGGAAAUAUGCAAAUUACCAUCGAGGACAAUGGGCCCAAGGUUCUCACUCUUCGCACUGCAGGGUCCAACGGCCACAAUAGAUUCGACAUUCGGGGUACUUACAUGCUUUCGAACCUCCUCCAAGAGUUGACACUGGCGCAAGAAUAUGGACGCAAACAAGUCAUCCUUGAUGAGGCACGCCUCAACGAAAACCCUGUCAAUCGUCUGUCCAGAUUGAUUCGGGACCACUUUUGGGAUGCCCUCACCCGUCGCAUUGAUGCAUCCAGUAUCGAGGUAGCUGCCAAGGACCCCAAAGACUGGACUGACGACCCUCGGCCGCGCAUCUACGUGCCGAAGGGUGCCCCUGAGCAGCUUGAAUACUACAAGAAGUUGGCUGCGGAUAAGCCCGACAUACGAUUGGAUGUCGUUGAGCUUCCCGAGACUAUUACUCCCGAGUAUGUCGUCGGUAUCAACAAAGCCCCGGGUCUUCUUGCCGUGGAUAUGGAAGAGACUGUGGACCCCAAGACUGGCGAGAGGGUCAUGAGCGGUCGUCCAUUCGUCGUCCCUGGCGGCCGUUUCAACGAGCUGUACGGCUGGGACAGCUACAUGGAGUCUCUCGGUCUCCUUGUUAACGACAAGGUGUACCUGGCCAAGUCUAUGGUUUUGAACUUCUGCUUCUGUAUCAAGCACUAUGGAAAAAUCCUGAACGCCACUAGGUCUUACUAUUUGUGCCGAUCCCAGCCGCCAUUCCUCACUGACAUGGCUCUGCGCGUCUACGACAAGAUUCGACACGAGCCUGACGCAACCGAGUUUCUUCGGACCGCCAUCCUUGCUGCGAUCAAGGAGUACCACAGUGUCUGGGUGGCUGAGCCCCGUCUGGACCCAGUGACUGGGCUCUCACGAUACAGGCCUGAGGGAACCGGUGUGCCGCCGGAGACCGAGGCUGAUCACUUCUUGCACAUCUUGGAGCCUUACUACAAGAAGCACAACAUGACCUUCAAGGAGUUUGUCGAAGCGUACAACUUUGGGCACAUCAAGGAACCGGAGCUGGACAAGUACUUCCUGCACGACCGAGCCGUGCGAGAGUCUGGCCACGACACUUCAUACCGUCUAGAGGGUGUAUGUGCAGACCUGGCGACCGUCGACCUCAACACCUUGCUGUUCAAGUAUGAAACAGACAUUGCUCGUACCAUUCGCAACGUGUUUGGAGACAAGCUCGUCAUCCCAGCCGAGUACUGCGUCGGCUCCCUCCAGCCAGGUCAGGUUGAAACGUCGGCAAUUUGGGACCGGCGAUCCAAGCGGAGAAAGCUCGCCAUUGACAAGUAUCUGUGGAACGAGGAGGCGGGUAUGUACUUCGACUAUAACACUGCUAAGCGCGAACAGUGCAACUACGAGAGCUGCACGACCUUUUGGGCGCUGUGGGCGGGUGUUGCAAGCCCCAAGCAAGCGGCUAUUAUGGUCACGCGGGCACUGCCCAAGUUCGAGGCGUACGGAGGUUUGCUUUCAGGCACAGAGGAGUCAAGGGGCCAGAUAGGACUGGAUCGCCCCAACCGUCAAUGGGACUACCCAUAUGGCUGGGCGCCACAGCAGAUGCUUGCAUGGACGGGCCUGUAUCGCUACAGUUUCACCGAGGAGGCUGAAAGGCUAGCAUACAAGUGGCUUUUCAUGAUCACCAAGGCCUUCAGCGACUUCAACGGUGUCGUGGUAGAGAAGUAUGACGUAACACGCCCUGUGGACCCGCACCGCGUCGAUGCGGAGUAUGGAAACCAGGGUCUUGGGUUCAAGGGAGUUGCGAAGGAAGGAUUUGGCUGGGUCAACGCCAGUUACAUCUACGGACUUCAGAUCAUCAAUGCCCACAUGCGUCGUGCGCUGGGAACCCUCACCCCUUACGACACCUUCAUCAAGGCACUCGAGGAUAACCGUAACCGAGCUCUGUCAGAGAUGGUCUGAGUUAAGCUUGAAAGACAAGAUUCCAAGACGCUCAAGUAAGAGAUAUGACGCCACAGGAUAUCGUCCUACAUAACGUAGCGUGCUCGCCUCUUACCUCGUGCCGCGGCGUGUUGCAGGCGUAACAACUACCUCCCAAGAUCAGCAGGACGAGAAAGGUUAUGUCCGUAUUGGUCUCUCCAGUCUCGUUCCUGGACCAGCAUUUCUUAACUUGCAUAAGUUCUUAUGGUAGUGGUUACUUGCAUUUAUAGAGGCUAUAGUAGUGACAGGAGAGGAAACGGGUGGUUUGUGUGUAGAUUCACUACCCCACAGGGCCCAACUUUGAUAAACAGGUUAAUAGAAGGUUUCUUUGUCCGAGAAAAGUAAGCAUGUUUGCUGCAUUGCCGAUCAUGGUCCAAAUAACGCUAUGGUAGGGUUG